AUGGAGAACGCAAACAACACAACAACUUUGUCUCAAUUUGACCUUCCUUUGAACCAAACCACAAAAGAAGAAGAAGUGAGGUUGAGUUACCAGGUUCUCACCUCUUUCCUCCUUGUCGCGCUCAUCCUGUGCGCAAUUUUUGGGAACGCGUGUGUGGUUGCGGCCAUCGCGUUGGAGCGCUCGUUGCAGAACGUGGCCAACUAUUUGAUCGGUUCUCUCGCUGUCACCGACUUGAUGGUGUCGGUGUUAGUUCUGCCCAUGGCGGCAUUGUACCAGGUUUUAAACAGGUGGACUUUGGGACAAAUUCCGUGCGAGAUUUUCAUCUCUUUGGAUGUUUUAUGCUGCACCUCGUCUAUAUUGCACCUGUGCGCCAUCGCACUGGAUCGAUACUGGGCCAUUACCGAACCCAUUGACUAUCUAAAGAAGAGAACACCACGGAGAGCGGCAGUUCUGAUCAGCGUCACCUGGCUGGUUGGGUUUUCCAUUUCAGUGCCGCCUAUGUUGAUUAUGCGCUCCCAGCCGAACAACGUGGAAGAAGACAGAAAAAACCCGAAACAGUGUAAGAUUAGACAAGACCUCUGGUACACUAUUUACUCCACUUUUGGUGCUUUCUACAUCCCGCUCAUGCUUAUGUUGGUUCUAUACGGGCGGAUAUUUAAAGCUGCAAGAUUCCGCAUCAGAAGGACUGUGCGUAAAAGUGAAAAAAAGAAAGUGGCCGACUCCUGCUCGGCUGUAUCUCCCGCACUCUUCCACAAAAAGACACCCAGAGAGGCGCAGACUAAAAGCUGGAAACGGAGCGUGGAGCCGCGCCCGGUUCCGUGCAUCAACGGCGCGGUGAAACACGCCGAAGACGGAGAAUCUCUUGAGAUCAUCGAGGUUCACAGUAGUCUGAAAGGCAGUCUUCCGCUCCCUAAUACCCCGAGCACUAUGCCGUUGUUCGAGAGCAGACACGAAAAGGCAACUGAGGCCAAAAGGAAGAUCGCUCUGGCUCGGGAGCGCAAAACGGUGAAGACGCUGGGCAUCAUCAUGGGCACGUUCAUCCUCUGCUGGCUGCCCUUCUUUAUUGUCGCCCUCGUCAUGCCCUUCUGCCAGGAGUCGUGUUACAUGCCACGCUGGCUGGAGGACGUGAUCAACUGGCUUGGCUACUCCAAUUCACUGCUCAAUCCCAUCAUUUACGCUUACUUCAACAAAGACUUUCAGGGGGCUUUCAAGAAGAUCAUCAAGUGUCAUUUCUGCAGACCCUAA